GCGGUUGGACAAUCACGCGUGUCCUUAGGUCGAGUGGUGGAGAGGUGGCCGGCACGCGGUGGGCGCGCACAGUGCCGGCCGUCGACGCGACUGGGCUGGCUGAGACCGCGUCCACUCCGGCGCAGCUAACGGAGCCCGUACAUCAGCACCCGUCACUAUGGCGAUCGACAUGUUGCCCGCUGCCGUACUUUUACUAGCGCUGCAUUUCGUAUCGGCUGAAAUUCCAUCUUACAUAAAGAUAUGUCAACGUAACGACCCCAACGUGGACAAAUGCAUCAUGAACUCAGUGGACGAGUUGCGCCCGAAAAUAUCCAAGGGCAUUCCCGAGCUGGACGUGCCGGGCAUCGAGCCGCUGAGCUUGGGGCAGAUCGCGCUGGCGCGCGGCCCACAGGGCGCCAAGCUCACCGCCGUCGUCAACGACGUCAAGGUGCAGGGGCCCAGCAACUUCAUCAUACAAACACUCAAGUCUGAUUUAAACAAGAACCGGUUCGACUUCAACCUGCUGCUGCCGCGCCUGGACUUCCACGGGAAGUACAAGAUGGACAUCCAAGUGCUGCUGCUGCGGCUGCAGGGCCGCGGCAACAUCACGGGCACCUUCAAAGACUACGCGUGCAACGUGACGAUGCGCGGGCACAAGGAGACGCGCGGCGCCGAAGAGUAUCUCAAGUUCGACCCGUUCAAGGUGAAGCUGCGCGUGGGCGAGUCCUCCAUCUACCUGACCAACCUGUUCGACGGCGACCCCGUGCUGGGGCCCGCCACCAACCGCGUCAUCAACGACAACUCGCAGCUAUUCCUCGAGGAGAUCCGACCCGUGCUCGAGCGCUCCCUCGCCGAUCUCUUUACCGAGAUGGCCAACAAGAUCACUUCCAAAUUUACCUACAAGGAGCUGUUCCCAUAGCAGCGGUGCCCACUCUCUUACCGGAGGGCUUCUAGCUAAGUAGCAAUAUGAAAGAUGUGAUGUAUCUUUAAUUAUAUUUAAUGUAUUUACAUA